AUUUUUACCUUACAAUGCAUUGAAGUCGAUCUUAGCUUGAUUGUAGUGCCAUUAUUCUUUGACUAAAUAAUUACUUUCUGCAUAUAUCACGAUCAGAUUCCAUAACACCCACAUUGUUAAUUCAUUACUCCCCUUCGUCCCAAAAUUAUUUUCAUUCUUUCCUUUUUCGUCCAUCCCAAUAUAAACUCUUUUGUUCCUUUCUGGCAAAAAAAUUGUGAUUCAUAGCAUUUAUCCCACUUUCUUCUCUCUACAACUUUUAACCACACAUUUCCCAUUUUCUUAACACAUUAUUCUGCGCUAAUUAAUUCAUUAUAACUUAAGAUAAGCUGGAAUGGAUGGCACCACCAGGACCAGCAACAAUGGCAGCAGCCCACGGAGGCAGGACUAUUACUGUGCCCAAUGUGAUACUAUUGUGAGCUCCUCACCUUCAACUCAUGAAACAAGAACAUGUCCUACAUGUUCCAGCCACAGACUAUUUCCAUUCAUAAGAGCAGUUUUGGACAGUCAGUUCUGUUAUUGGUGCAAUAAAUGUCAAAGGCAUCAACACUCAACAAUGUCUUCGCCUGGAACUAUACAGACAUGUAGUCAAUGUGCAAAUCCCAUGUAUGAACUUCGAGGGAUGAUACCACAGUCUACACAAAAUUCAUACGAGUUCGUUAUAACAUCUCAUGUAGCAUCUGCUCUGCCACUCCUAGGAGAUGCCGAUUUUCAUCGGAUGUUACCACUCCUUGAACGAAUACUGGAAAACUGUGUUGGCUUGAAUAUGCCAGCAACGCUAGAAGGUGUAAUCGCAACGCUUCCGAAGCUGAAAGUCUUGGAAUCUCAUUUCAGAGAGCAACCUAAAUGUCCAGUUUGCCUGGAUGAGUUUGAGGCAGGAGAGGAUGCAUACGAGUUGCCGUGUAAGCAUAUUUACCAUAGGGAAUGUAUUGUUCCAUGGCUUAGACAUAAUAAUUCUUGUCUUAUUUGUCAUCAAUCUACAACCUCAACUAGUACUCACGAGCGUAAUCUUGUGCACGCACGUGAGCUUGAGUUGGAGCGAGGGCGUGGCUCGAGCUUGAGCGUGCACGUGAGCGUGAGCUGGAAUUUGAGCGUGCACGUGAGCGUGAGCCGGAGCUUGAGUGUUAGAGAUAAUUAAUUUAUUUAACAUCGUAAGAGAUAAUUGAUGUGUUUAUGUGAUGUAACUAAUUAGUCUCAUCUCUUGUAAAUCAUCCUUAAAGAUAGGUUGUAUAGGUGGGAUAGAGUUCUUUAUCUAUUUUCUAUUUAAAUAUUUGUAUCAAUCGAUUACAAUUCAUUGAAUAUACAAAGUUUAUAUGGUAUCGGAGCAGCUGUAGACUAUCAGCUCUACCAUACCAGAUCCUGCAUCCCUUCAUAUUA